AACUUAAGACUUCCUUGAAUUUCUUUCGUAACAAUCGACGUUUAGUCAAGACUGCAAACAAUGCUUCGGGUGAUUGUGGAAUCUGCUACCAAUAUCCCUAAAACCAAGUUUGGGAAACCAGAUCCUAUUGUUUCUGUUAUUUUUAAAGAUGAAAAAAAGAAAACAAAGAAAAUUGACAAUGAACUUAAUCCUGUUUGGAAUGAGAUUCUUGAAUUUGACUUGAAAGGAAUUGCUCUGGAUAAUUCAUCUUCCCUGACAAUUACUGUGAAGGAUUUCGAACCUAUUGGACAAAACAAAUUAAUUGGCAAUGCAUCUGUAGCACUUAAGGAUCUCGUAGGUAACCAAAGCAGAUCUUUUCCCUUCAAACUCAUACCUCUGCUAAAUGAAAAGGGACAAGAAACCGGAGCAACAAUUGAUUUGGUAGUAGGAUAUGAGCCACCAGCUGGGCCUACAAAUCCAAAUGACCCAGGAGGGACCAAUACACAAGAAGGAGAUGGAGAAGAUGAUGGAGAUUAUGAAGAUCACUUGGAUGGUACAGUUGGUGGUAUCACACCAACAGUUCCAAGUGGCACAAAGGAAGCCCAGCUAUCUAAACGCAUCAUGAAAGGAAAGAAAACACGGAGAAUCCUUUCUAACAAACCACAAGAUUUCCAGAUUCGUGUUAGAGUCAUUGAAGGUCGUCAGUUACCUGGAAAUAACAUAAAACCAGUAGUCAAAGUUCAUAUUUGUGGUCAGACACACCGAACGAGAAUCAAAAGAGGAAACAACCCAUAUUUUGAUGAAAUAUUUUUCUACAAUGUCCACAUGACUCCUUUAGAGUUGCUUGAUGAAACAGUUAGUAUUCGGGUGUAUGAUUCUUAUUCUCUACGAGCAGACUGUCUAAUGGGAGAAUUUAAGAUUGACAUUGGCUAUAUUUAUGAUGAGCCUGGCCAUGCAGUCAUGAGAAAAUGGCUUUUGCUGAGUGAUCCCGAAGAUACAAAUUCGGGAGCUAAAGGCUAUAUGAAAGUCAGCAUGUUUGUCCUAGGAACUGGAGAUGAGCCACCAGCCGAGCAACUUACUGAUACCAGUUCCAGGGAUAAGUCAGGAAUGUCUCCACUACUAUGUAAUGUAAACAAACCCAUAGUGAAACCCGAGUACCAGAAAGCUACGAAUAUUUGCCAGGUGAAAAUUAGACCCAUCAAUAAUUACAAGUUAGGCAGAAGUAAUUUGAUGCAUGUGAAAGCAGGAGAUAGUUUUAACAAUACAAUCCUUAACCGUCUGAUGUUCCGUAAAGGUGCUGGAAUUGCAGUUCGAUGGGUCACUUUCCUUCUCAAAAUCUACAGAGCUGAGGACAUUCCGCAAAUGGAUGAUGCUUUUGCACAGACUGUCAAGGAAAUACUGGGAGGAGAAGCAGACAAGAAAAACCUGGUAGAUCCAUUUGUAGAAGUUUCUUUUGCUGGGAAGAAGGCUUGCACAAAUAUAAUUGAGAAAAAUGCUAAUCCAGAGUGGAAUCAAAUUAUUUAUCUUCAAAUCAAGUUUCCCUCGAUGUGUGAGAAAAUAAAACUUAGAGUCGUUGACUGGGAUCGUCUUACAAAAAAUGAUGUAGUAGGAACAACAUAUUUAAGUCUCUCAAAGAUUGCUUCUUCUGGAGGAGAAGUUGAAGAAUUUUCAUCUUCGGGAACAGGGGCUUCAUCGUAUGAAGUAAGCACUGGAGAAACUGAAGUUGGCUUUUUACCAACAUUUGGGCCUUGUUACCUAAACUUUUACGGAAGUCCAAGAGAAUAUACUGGAUUCCCAGACCCAUAUGAUGAAUUGAACUUUGGAAAGGGAGAAGGAGUUGCUUAUAGAGGGAGAAUUUUGGUUGAACUAUCUACAAUACUUGAAAGCAAACCUGUUAAUAAAAAGUUAGAGAUGAUUCCUAAUGAUGAUUUACUGGUUGUUGAGAAAUACCAGCGUAGACGGAAGUUCUGCUUGGCUGCUGUGUUUCAUUCUGCUACCAUGCUGCAAGACACUGGUGAGCCUAUCCAGUUUGAAGUUAGCAUUGGUAACUACGGCAACAAGUUUGAUACCACCUGUAAGCCUCUGGCAUCAACAACCCAGUACAGUCGUGCUGUUUUUGAUGGUAAUUAUUAUUACUACUUGCCAUGGGCAAACACAAAGCCAGUUGUAACACUGACUUCCUUUUGGGAGGACAUAAGCCAUAGAUUAGACCCUGUGAAUGUAAUCCUAAACAUGGCUGAAAGACUGCAAUCCAACUUAGCCACCUUAAAAUCAGGAAUGCAGGCUAAAAUUUCUGAAAACCAAUUAGCUGAGAUGUGGUUGAAGCUGAUUGAUGAUCUUACAGAAGAUGUAAGUAAACCAUUUCCCCUCAUAGAAGGCAAAUCUAAUAUUACAGUCCUUGACACUCAGAUAGAAAAACUGCGCCUCAAGUCUCUCAAACAGAUUGGAGAAGCAGCAACAAGGAUGAGAAAUGAAGCUACUGAUGUGAAAGCCACUCUGACAGAAAUUGAGGAUUGGUUGGAUAAAUUACUGCAACUGAGUGAAGAGCCACAAAACAGUAUGCCUGAUGUAAUCAUAUGGAUGAUCCGAGGGGAGAAAAGACUGGCUUAUGCUCGUGUUCCUGCACACCAAGUGCUGUAUUCCACAACGAGCCCCGAAUCGUCUGGUAAAUAUUGUGGAAAGACCCAAACAAUCUUCCUAAAGUACCCACAGGACAAGAUGAAAGAUGCCAAAAUGCCUGUGGAGUUACGAAUUAACAUUUGGCUUGGGCUCAGUGCAGUUGAAAAGAAGUUUAAUAGCUUUGCAGAGGGAACGUUCAGUGUUUUUGCAGAAAUGUAUGAAAAUCAGGCUUUUCUUUUUGGAAAGUGGGGCACCUCAGGACUUGUUGGUCGCCACAAAUUUUCUGAUGUCACGGGAAAAAUCAAACUGAAAAGAGAGUACUUUCUACCUCCAAAGGGCUGGGAGUGGGAAGGAGAAUGGAUUGUUGAUCCUGAAAGAAGUUUGUUGACUGAAGCUGAUGCUGGCCAUACUGAGUUUACUGAUGAAGUAUAUGAAAAUGAGAGUCGCUAUCCUGGAGGGGAAUGGAAAGCAGCUGAAGAGAGUUACACAGAUGUGAAUGGAGAAAAAGCUCCACCACCACGUGAGUUCACGUGUCCUCUUGGGUGGAUGUGGGAAGAUGAUGCUUGGAAAUCCGAUUUAAAUCGAGCAGUGGAUGAGCAUGGAUGGGAAUAUGGAAUUACUAUUCCUCCAGACGCUAAACCAAAGUCAUGGGUUCCUGCAGAGAAAAUGUACCAUACACAUCGACGACGAAGACUGGUGCGGAAACGUAGGAGGGAUCCAGCUCAAGCAGUAACAGCAGGAAGGGGAAUGUCAUCAUAUGAAGAUCAAGAAGGAUGGGAAUAUGCUUCCUUGAUUGGCUGGAAAUUUCACUGGAAACAACGCAGUUCUGAUACUUUCCGUCGAAGACGAUGGAGACGAAAAAUGGCUCCCUCAGAGACACAUGGUGCAGCAGCUAUCUUUAAACUUGAAGGUGCUUUGGGAGCAGACACUAGUGUCGACGAUGGAGAAGGGAAGAGUUCAGACAAAACCAAGGAGUCAGCUACAAAGGUGUUUGGUGCCAAUACACCACUUGUUUCCUGCUACUUUGACAGAGUAUAUACUUACCACCUUCGCUGUUACGUCUACCAAGCAAGAAACCUCAUGGCUUUAGACAAAGACAGUUUUUCAGAUCCGUAUGCUCAUGUUUCUUUCCUCCAUCAAAGCAAAACAACUGAGAUCAUUCAUUCAACUCUAAAUCCUACAUGGGACCAAACUCUCAUAUUUAAUGAAAUUGAGAUCUAUGGGGACCCACAAACAGUAGCCCAAAACCCACCUAAUGUUGUUCUUGAACUUUUUGACAGUGACCAAGUGGGUAAAGAUGAAUUCCUUGGAAGAAGUGUUUGUUCCCCUGUGGUCAAGUUAAUCCCAGAAGAGGACAUCACACCAAAACUGCUCUGGUAUCCUGUAAUAAAUAAUGGCAAAGCUAGUGGAGACAUUCUUUUUGCUGCAGAACUUAUUUUGAGGGACAAGGGUGGCGCCAACCUUCCAAUUCUUCCAUCACAGAGAGCACCAAAGCUUUACAUGGUACCUCAAGGAAUCAGACCAGUAGUUCAACUCACUGCUGUUGAGAUUCUGGCUUGGGGUUUGCGGAACAUGAAAAACUACCAACUGGCACCUGUUAUGUCUCCAAGUCUCAUUGUGGAAUGUGGGGGUGAAAUGGUGGAAUCUGUGGUGAUCAAAAACCUCAAAAAGACACCAAAUUUUCCAUCUUCUGUUCUCUUCAUGAAAGUUCUUUUGCCAAAAGAGGAGUUAUACAGUCCAUCUCUUGUUAUUAAAGUAAUAGACCACAGACCAUUUGGACGGAAGCCUGUUGUGGGACAGUGUACUAUUGAUUUACUGGAAAGCUUUCGCUGUGACCCCUACGCUACUACAGAAGACAUUGCACCACAACUGAAAGUUAGUCUACUCUCUGCUGCACCUCGCCAGGAGACAGUAAUUGAAAUGGAAGACACACAGCCGCUGCUAGCAGCUCAGCUUACGGAAAAGGAGGAAGAAAUUGUUGACUGGUGGAGCAAAUUUUAUGCUUCAGUAGGAGAACAUGAAAAAUGUGGACAGUAUAUUAAAAAAGGAUAUGACACUUUAAAGGUGUACAACUGUGAAUUGGAAAAAGUGCCUGAAUUUAACAGCUUAACAGAUUUCUGUGAUACAUUUAAACUAUACAGAGGCAAAUCUGAGGACAGCGAUGAUCCAUCAGUGGUGGGGGAAUUCAAGGGAUCCUUUAAAAUCUACGCAUUACCUGACGAUCCCACUAUUCCAGCUCCUCCUCGCCAGUUCCGUGAGCUACCAGACAGUGGACCUCAGGAGUGUAUUGUGCGAAUUUAUAUUGUUCGAGCCUUGCAGCUGCAACCCCAGGAUAACAAUGGGCUGUGUGAUCCUUAUAUAAAAAUAUCCCUAAGUAAAAAAGUAAUUGAAGACAGAGAUAAUUAUGUGCCUAAUACUCUCAACCCAAUUUUUGGCAGAAUGUAUGAACUCAGCUGCUUUUUGCCUCAAGAAAAGGAUCUGAAAAUUUCAGUCUAUGACUAUGACACAUUGACUCGUGAUGAAAAAGUGGGUGAAACCAUAAUUGAUCUUGAGAACAGAUUCCUUUCUCGUUAUGGAUCUCACUGUGGCAUCCCACAGCAGUAUUGCAUUUCAGGUGUGAAUACCUGGCGUGAUCAACUAAAACCAACCCAGUUACUGCAAAAUGUAGCCAGGUUUAAAGGCUAUGCUCCUCCUGUCCUCUCUGAGAAUGGUAGAAAGAUUAACUACGGGGGACGAGACUAUACUUUGGAGGAAGCUGAAGCUAACAAAAUUUUGCAUCAGCAUCUUGGUCCAGGUGAAGAGCGGCUAGCCCUUCAUAUCCUCAGAACCCAGGGUUUGGUACCUGAACAUGUGGAGACAAGGACUUUAUAUAGCACCUUCCAACCCAACAUCUCCCAGGGAAAGCUCCAGAUGUGGGUUGAUGUUUUCCCUAAAAGCUUAGGACCUCCAGGCCCUCCCUUCAACAUCACUCCCCGAAAAGCCAAGAAGUAUAUCUUGCGGGUGAUUGUAUGGAACACCAAAGAUGUCAUUCUGGAUGAAAAGAGCAUCACAGGGGAAGAAAUGAGUGACAUUUACGUCAAGGGAUGGAUGCCUGGUAAUGAAGAAAAUAAGCAGAAAACCGAUGUUCACUAUCGAUCCUUGGAUGGUGAAGGGAACUUUAACUGGAGAUUUAUUUUUCCUUUUGACUAUCUCCCAGCGGAGCAACUCUGUGUCAUUUCUAAAAAGGAACAUUUUUGGAGUCUUGACAAGACAGAAUUCAGAAUCCCACCCAAACUGAUCAUUCAAAUAUGGGAUAACGACAAGUUCUCCUUGGAUGAUUAUCUGGGCUUUGUGGAACUUGAUUUACAUAAAACAAUCAUUCCAGCAAAAGUUCCAGAGAAAUGCAAUAUAGACAUGAUUCCAGAAUACAAGGCAGACAGUUCUCAGAAGGCUCCCAGGACUGCCUCUCUCUUCGAACAGAAAUCCAUGAAAGGAUGGUGGCCAUGUUAUGUUGAAAAGGAUGGCUCCCGUAUUUUAGCGGGUAAAGUUGAAAUGACAUUGGAAGUCGUCAAUGAAAAAGAAGCUGAGGAAAGGCCAGCUGGUAAAGGAAGAGAUGAACCCAACAUGAACCCCAAACUAGAUCUACCAAACCGACCAGAUACUUCCUUCCUUUGGUUUACAAAUCCCUGCAAGACAAUGAAAUUUAUCGUGUGGCGCAGGUUUAAAUGGCUCUUCAUAGGCCUUAUCUUCUUGCUGAUUUUACUCUUGUUCGUAGCGGUACUCCUCUAUUCAUUGCCGAACUAUUUGUCAAUGAAGAUUGUGAAGCCAAUUUAAAGAAGAGUUUUUUACCUCAUCCUUUUAAAUAGUAAUGAGGUUUCGCCUCAGGCUGUGGACCAAGUUCAGCACAGCUCUCCAUCCUUUUUAUCUGCUAGUGUUGGAACUGUAAAAUAGAUAAGUAAGAAUUUAACCAAGGUUAGCGAAAGUUCAAGGGGUCAUGACAGGAGUUUUUAAAAAACAAAGGAUAAACCCCCUCAUGUUUCGUGUACUUUUUUUACUUCAGUGGUAUCUACACAUAGUAAAGUUCUGACUUCCUUGCUUUUAACCUAGAUUUUUCAUAAAAAUCACUCAGGAGCCUGCCUACUAUUGCUUUCUCUAUUUUUUAAUGGAUACUUCCUUUUGAGAAUUCCUUUCUAUUGGGCACACUUUGAAACUUCACAUUUUAGCUUAAUAAAAAACAAGCACUACUUAUAAUUAUGUAUACCAAAGAAACCUCACAGUGCAAUCAAAGAAGACUCAGACAUUGUUUCUAGAAAAGUCCUCAGCAUCAUGCUGCUUAAAAU